AUGGCGAGCUCAUCCCUCCGGGCCCGACACGCGUUCUCAGUGGCAGUUCGGCCUUUUCUGUGCCAGCCCUCGGUCUUUAGCCAUGCUGGUCUUCGCCCCGCAUCUACCGAGUCCUCGCCUACCACGCCAUCAUCAGGCCCCGGCUCGGCCAGUGUUGCGCGUAAACUGUCCUACUUCCUUGGCGCUGCCACCGGAGCCCUCGCUGUUGGUGGCAUCUACUAUUAUGUCACAGACACCCGGGCAUCCAUCCAUCGCUGGCUGGUGCCCCCUCUUCUCCGCGUGAUCUUCCCCGACGCCGAAGAUGCUCACCACGCCGGAACUGCCGCCCUCAAGUUCCUCUACUCCCUUAACCUCCAUCCCCGCGAACGCCCGACGCCCGAAACCUCUGAGAACCCCAACCCCCUCGCGGUCAAAGUUUUCGGGCACGAGCUCUCCAAUCCAAUUGGCAUCUCUGCCGGUCUGGAUAAAGAUGCCGAGAUCCCUGACGCUCUCUUCGCCCUCGGCGCCGGCGUUGUCGAGGUCGGCGGCUGCACGCCGCUACCGCAGGAGGGUAACCCCCGGCCGCGUGUGUUCCGUGUGCCGGCCGUUGACGGCCUCGUCAACCGCUACGGGCUAAACUCGCGCGGUGCCGACGCCAUGGCAGCUCGUCUGAGGGAGCGCCUGCGCAAAUUCGCCAUGGGCCUGGGCUUGACGGAACGCGACAUGCUGGACCACGAGCCGCUCGGGGAUGUGCCGAUUGGCAGCCUGCAGCGCGGGCGUCUGCUGUGCGUGCAGAUCGCCAAGAACAAAAAAACAGACGAGAAAGACGUAGAUGCGGUCAUCCGGGACUAUGUACACUGCGUCAAGCGGUUGGCGCCAUACGCGGAUGUCCUGGUUGUCAACGUCAGCAGCCCAAACACCCCGGGCUUGCGUGACCUGCAGGCGGCGGAGCCGCUCGCGAGGCUGUUGCAUGCUGUCGUUGAAGAGGCUAAGAGGACGGACCGGAAGACGAAGCCGCGGGUUAUGGUCAAGGUGUCACCCGAUGAGGACCACGACACCCAGAUCGAGGGCGUUGUGCAGGCCGUGUGGAUGAGCGGUGUAGAUGGCGUUAUUGUGGGCAACACGACGAAGCGGAGGGCCGGGCUGAUCCCCCCUGGCAUCAAGCUUACUUCCAAGGAGCAGCGGGCUCUGCAGGAGGAGGGAGGAUUCUCCGGCCCGGCGAUGUUUGAGAGGACACUGGACCUUGUUGGAAGGUAUCGCAAGAUGCUGGACAGCUACACGCUUAAGUCCGCAGAGUUGGACGACUCGUUCCCCCACCAGAAGGUUAUCUUCGCUACUGGCGGUAUCACAAACGGCGAGCAGGCCCUCAAGGUCCUCAAUGCCGGUGCCAGCGUCGCCAUGGUCUAUACCGGUCUUGUGUACGGCGGUUCUGGUACGAUUACCAGGAUGAAGAAUGAGAUGAGAGCAGAGCUGGCAAAGAAGGCCGCAGCAAAAGCUAUAGCUGAGAAGACAGAUGCGUGA